CACACACACAUACUCUCCCUUACAUAAACUCAGACAGCAAAUACAAUUCCAGCUCAGACUGUUGGGGGUUCUCAUCAGAAGUACGCUUUUACUGUUCUCUGUUCUGUAUUAACAUCUUCCGAUGACAUGGAUCACCGCAUCCGGAAUCUGAUUUUUCAAUGAACACUUGUGUUUUUAGAUCUUCAGCAUCCUCAUGGUGGACCGUAUAUUUAGAUCUGACUUGUGUAUGCCUAUCAGCUUUUAACCAUGAGUUGUUUCGGGUAUCGUCGAGAGCUGAGCAAGUACGAAGAUGUCGAUGAGGAUGAGCUUUUGGCUUCUCUCAGCCCAGAGGAGCUGGCUGAGUUGGAAAAGGAGUUGGCAGACAUUGAUCCUGAUGCCAACGUGCCCAUAGGACUCAGACAAAGAGACCAGACAGAUAAGACUCCAACGGGCACCUUCAGCAGAGAGGCGCUCAUGAAGUACUGGGAAAAUGAGACACGCAGACUGUUGGAGGACGAGAUAGGAGGAGGAAGCCCCAAACUGGAUGAAGAGGAGUGCAUGACACAAGGAAACAGUGAAGACGAGGAUGAAAAAGAUGGUGAGAAUGAGAAAGAGCAAAAAAAGUCUGAAAAAACAAACAAAGCACAAAAGGAGGAAGAGGAGAGCAGUGAUGAAGAAGAAGAGGAAAGCGAGGAAGAAGAGCCUGUAACAGAAGAGGAGGAUGAUGAUGAUGAUGAUGAGGAGGAGGAGGAGGAAGAGGAGGAACAAGAUAAUAAAUUGAAACCUGAACCCUUAAAAGUUUCAGGGUAUCUGACAGCGCAGCCAAACUCACCAGCGCUGCUAAAGCCUCAGAAAGUAGAGCCCAUGAGGCUGACUCCGCCCCCUCCACCUGUUGACCCAAACACGAGUGGAAACCCAACUGUUGUUGAUGACGCCCUGCAGCGGGCCCUUAACAACGACCCCGAGCUCACUGAGGUUAACCUGAACAACAUCGAUGACAUAUCACAGGAAACUCUAAUCCGAUUUGCUGAAGCCUUGAGGUCCAACGCACAUGUGCGAGUCUUCAGCCUUGCAAACACUCGGGCUGACGACCAUGUGGCUCUGGCCAUUGCUAAGAUGUUAAAAGAGAACUCGUCUAUCACAAGUCUGAAUAUAGAGUCUAACUAUGUGACUGGAAAGGGUGUGAUGGCUUUGGUUCAAGCACUUCCAGGGAACAACACAGUGACCGAGCUUCGCUUCCACAACCAGAGGCACAUGUGUGGAGGACAGGUAGAAAUGGAGAUGGUAAAGAUCCUAAGGGAAAACUACACCCUGAUCAAACUGGGCUACCAGUUCAACCUCCCUGGUCCCAGAAUGAGUAUGACGGGGAUCCUGACCAGGAACCAGGACCGCCAGAGGCAAAAACGUCUGCAGGAGCAGCGACAGCAGCAGGGCCAACAGGGGGCGCAAGAUGGAGUCUUUAACCCUCGAACUUCUGCACUGAGAGGAACACCUAGUCCAUCACCUUACAGCUCGCCGUGGUCCUCACCCAAACUGCCCCGAAACGACCGGGCUAAAAUACAGACUCCCCCUGCACCCCCACCCCCACCCCCACCCCCACCCCCACCCCCUCCUCCUCCUCCGCCCCCUCCUCCUCCCCCCCCUCUGCCAACCCUUCCACAGAAGGAGAAGAAAAAACCGACAAGGAUGAUUGCAGAGGUCAUCAAGGCUCAUGAGGCGGGCAGCAAAAAGGUGGCCAAAACGAAAGGGAAGAAAGGCAGAAAGGGGAAGGAGGCAGGGAGAGAAGAAUCCAACAGCAUCCUGAAAGAGCUAAAAAAUGCCCUAAGGCCCGUGUCCGGGGAGAGGAGAGGGGAGGAAGGCAGCAGGCCGUCCACGCCAAUGAGAUCAGCCCAUGAUCAGCUGAUGGAGUCCAUCCGUACCAGCAGCCUCCGCAACCUGAGACGGGUGGAAGUUCCACAUCAUCUACGAUAAGUGAAGCGGAAAUCACAGAGAUCAGCUCUGCGUAAUGAUGAUGAUGGUGACGAAGAGACCAACAGGGAUGAAAGCAGUGAAGCACAAAAGGUGAAAAUGUGUUGUCUGAGGAGGCAAACCUAAAUUCUUACUCUAAGAAAAAGAAUAUGUACUGGAAAUUUGCACUGCUUUAUAUUUUCAAUAAUUUAAGAUUUGUAAAAAGUGUUUACUCACACUAGUAAAUGGUAUUUGUAUUCUAAUUCUGAAAGAAGUUGACUGCAUUGUUUACUGAUGCAUUUUCUAAGAACUCAGUUUUCUUGCAAGAUUGUAAAUAUGAUUUGUUGUUGGUUGGACUUUGAGUUAAUUUCUAAUUAAAGCCAUUUGCUGU